AUGCCCGGCCCCUCGCCAACAGCUCACCAGGUCCUUGUCUACUCCGGCCCCGGCGUCUCCCCACUCUCCCUCUCGCACACCCUCCUCACGCUCUCCCUCCUGCUCCUACCGCACUACACAGUCCAGCCUGCGACGCCCGAGGUGCUCUCCACCCAGCCGUGGGAGCCUGCUUGCGCUUUGCUUGUCAUCCCCGGCGGCCGGGACUUGCCCUAUGUCAGCGAAAUGAGCGGAAGGAGCGGAAUCGCGAGGCGGAUCAAAGAGUAUGUGAGCGAGGGGGGACGGUAUCUUGGGCUAUGCGCUGGUGGCUACUUUGGGUCGGGAGAGGUCCGAUUCGAUGAAGGCGGGAAGAUGGAGGUGAUGGGGAAAAGAGAAUUGGCGUUCUUCCCGGGUGUCUGUGCGGGACCGACAUAUCCCGGCUUUGCAUAUGCUGCCGAGUCGGGAUCCCGAGCUGUCCCUUUGGCUAUCGAGUCUCGGAAUGGAAGGCCGGCCAGGACUCUCCGUAACAUGUACUACAACGGCGGCGGCCACUUUCUCCUGCCCGAGCCACACCCCAACGUCGAAGUCCUCGCGCGAUACGGCGACCUCCCCGAGAGCUCUACGGCACCCAAAGAUGCCAUCGCCGCUGUCCUGACUCGCAAUGGAAAGGGUAGGGCCAUCCUCUGCUCAGUGCAUCCCGAGUACCCGCUGCAUGACCCGCCGGCACGAGAUGCAAACCGCAAGCUGGACAAUCCACCUUCGGAUGAAGAGGUAGCGGAGAGCGACAAGGCGAGGGUGGAAUGGAUGGUGGAGCUGCUGGUUCUGCUCGGUCUGGAUCCGCCCAGCCGGUCUUCCGGGCUGUCGGAUGAGGCGUUGCUCUCAGGAGAAGCAGAGGAGGACAUGUUGCUCCUGCAGCACCCUACCCACCCCUCGCCCAUCUUCGUCUUUCCCCUCCCCCUCCUCCCGGAAACAGCAUCAUCGGUCUUUGCUGCCCCGGCGCUCCAAGCCAAAUUGGUCGACCAUGCAUCGGCCGGAAAGGUCCUGCGGGACGGGAAUGACGAGCUUCACAUCCUCGAUACGCACGCUUUCGGCGGGGAGAGCAGCUCGGCAGCUAUUACUCGCCAGCUUGCCCUGCGUCGCCGGGAUCAGCCCGUCUUCCCUCCUGCGGUCGAUCGCCUUUCGCUCGAGCCAUCAGAUACCACACUCCUUUAUCCUUCCCCACCAGAUUUUCACUCGCUCGUCAAGACCGUCAUUACCCCACACCCGGACCUGCCGUACUCGCCUAGUUGGACACCGCUGUUCAACUUUGAGACGUACUGGUCGGAACUCGCCGCGGCUCGGAAAGCCAGCGGGAAGCGGCACGGACAAUCGCGGAAGGGGCAUGAUGGGGAGGAGAGGCUGAGUUUGGGAGAUCUGGUAUGGUAUGCCGAGACGGUGACUAGUACGCAGACAAUGCUUGAUCGUAAUACAACACUUCUGACCAAUCUCCCCACCCCGCUCGUUUUUCUCGCGACAUUCCAGCUCGCCGGCCGCGGACGCGGUUCCAACGUCUGGCUCUCCCCUCCCGGCUGCCUGCAAUACUCUAUCCUCAUCACCCUCCCCUCCAAGAUGUCGAGCAAGCUCGUCUUCAUCCAGUACCUCAUGGCGCUCGCCGUAGCGGAAGCGGUCGAUCCCGAUGGUCGACUGGGCGUACGCAUCAAAUGGCCCAAUGACAUAUAUGCGCAGGUCGAAGGCGUCGGCGAGUCCAAAAUUGGGGAUGGGAAGAAGGGGCUCGCCAAGCUGGGCGGAAUAUUGGUUAAUACCAACCUGAUCAAUGGGGAAUGGCGAGUCGUCAUCGGCUGCGGGAUCAACGUGCUCAAUGCCCUCCCGACGACGUCGCUCAGCCACCUGCAUAACCUGCUAUCGGCCCGGUCGGCGCCCGGGAAGAAGCUCCCAGAGCCACCUACGAUGGAAGGGACGUUUGCACGGAUCAUGGAUGCUUUUGAGAGCAAGUGGGAGGGGUUCCUGGAGGAAGGCGGCUUCCAAGGCUUCAUGGACGAGUACUACGGCCGAUGGCUGCAUUCAAACCAAGAAGUCACACUUACCACUGUGGAACCACAUCAAAAACUCCGCAUUCACUCCAUCACCUCGGACUAUGGUCUUCUCCGCUGUAAACCGCUCAGCACCGCCCCCGCCACGGCGAGUCGAGGCCUGACGCCACUAUACAGCCGUGGCGACUUUGGCGGUGAAGACAGGUCCACAAUGGGUGGUAAGAAGGGCGGGGAAGAGUGGGUCGAUCUGCAGCCGGAUGGCAACUCGUUUGAUCUCAUGAGCGGUCUUAUCAAGAGGAAGAUUUGA